CCUCAAACAUAUAAUUAACUAAUUACAUUCAUUGAUUCAGACUAUGGAAAAUAAGUGUCUACUUUAAUCCCCUCAGCAGGGUGACUAUAGCUGUAGUCUUCCUCCAUUUCUGGUAAUGAAGUAUCUUGCAUUUUACCAGUCUUGGCAGAUGCAACCAAAGAUAUGGUUUCAAUAUACAAACACUGUGACUUCAGAGGAACAUGAAAAGCAUGGUACCACAAAGGAGAGGAGGGUAAAAUAUGAACCAGUACAGCUAAAGAUAUCGGCCUAUUUUAACAUCCCGGAAGCUGGUGCACCUGGGUUUAAAGUGGAGGAUGUCUCUCAUUUAAUGAAGCAGCCCAGAGGAUAUGUAUGGAGAUUAAAGAAAGAACCGCUUGCAAAAGUUGAGAAGAAAAUACUUUCUUCCCAUUUGAGAUCUUCUGUGAGACCAUCAUCCAGUGAUGUACCAAACACAAGUAUGAGCCCAAUAGAUCUGAAAGGCCACACUUCUUCAGAUGCCUCAUCAUUAAUGGCCCUGAAAGCAAAUUUGUGCACUAAGUGUGGCAAAAAAUUUGAAAGCAAAUCAGACCUGAAAACCCAUAAGAAAUCCCACUCAGUACAGCGGUCAUAUUGUUGCUCCGCCUGUGGAAAGCAAUAUGCUAGAAAGCAGGAACUUGAAUUACAUCAGCGGCUACAUAAAAAUGACAAGCUGCUCUGUUGUGGCUAUUGCCAAAAGAAGUUCACAAGGAGGAGAGACCUGAUAUGCCAUGAAAGAAGCCACACAGGAGAGAAGCCUUUCCUCUGUUCUUUGUGUGGGAUAGGUUUUGGUAGGAAGAGCACACUAAAACUGCAUAUACAGCGACACAAGGGGAUCAAACCGUUCCAGUGCAACCAGUGUGGAAUGUCUUUCCAUACAUCUGCAGACUUAAAGAUGCACAAGGCAAGACACACUGGAGAAAAGCCCUUUGCUUGCCAUCAGUGUGAAAUGAGAUUUGUUAUGAAGGCUCAUCUGGACAAUCAUUUGCGCAAACAUGCAGAAGAUGCGCCGUACAGUUGCCCAGUGUGUGGGAAGGCUUUUAAGUGGAAGCAGAGCCUUACCAUCCACCAACUUACUCAUCAGGAAGAACGACCGUUUAAGUGCCCAGACUGUGGCAGUAGCUUCAAGCGAGCCCACCACCUCAAGUCACACCAGAUUAUCCACUCAAGUGACAUGCCAUACAAGUGUAGUCAUUGUGGCAAAGCUUUCAAGCAUCGGAAUUAUCUUAAGAUUCAUGAACGCUUACAUACAGGCGAAAAGCCCUACAGUUGUGAUCAGUGUGAGAAGCAUUUUGUAUCUUCGGGAGACCUGAGUGUCCAUAGACGAGUUCACUCUGGAGAAAGAAACUAUAAGUGCUCAGAGUGUGAGAAGACUUUUCGUUACAUGCCAGCCUUGAAGGUCCACCAGAGAACACACACUAAUGAAAGACCAUACCAUUGCCAUGAGUGUGGUAAAAGCUUUUUUGCCUCUUCUCAUCUCCGAACCCAUGAAGAUAUGCACAAAAAUGAGCGUCACCACCGAUGCACAGCGUGUGGUCAAGGUUUUAACUCCUCCAGCACUCUGAGGUCCCACCAGAUGACCCAUUCGACCAGGACAGAGUUUCAUUGUGAUGACUGCGGCAAGAUUUUCCUCCGUAAAAAUACCUUUAAAUCUCACCAACUGCUCCAUACAGGGGCCAGAGUCUACAACUGCUCAGAGUGCGGAAAGAGCUUUAGCAACUCCAGCAAUUUACGACGACACGUACAGAACCACAAGGUAAAGACAAUGUAUUACUGCAGCGGGUGCGAGAAGAGUUUCAGUAGUACGGCAUACUUGAGGAAGCACCAGUUAGCUGUGCAUGCAGCAGAGAAGCCAUACAUCUGUGCAGAAUAA